CUCACAAAGUGGUCCGAGCCAAAACCCAAAGAUGGGCGGCGCCGCCGGGCUUAAGGUCAUUUCAAGCUGUAGAGUGUUGGAACUGGGAGUAGAAUUGGCGGGUACCCAAUUUCUCCUUCUCCUUCUUCUGUUACUGCAAGGCCAGGAAGCAAGAGGUUUGACGGCGGGGCUUAACAGCAAUAAUGUCAGCAACGGCGCCGGCGCCGGCGAGAAGUGCAACUUGUUCAGAGGGAAAUGGGCGGUGGAUUCUUCGUAUCCUCUGUAUCAGCCCGCCAGCUGCCCCUUUCUUGACCCUGAAUUUGACUGCAUCAAAUUUGGCCGCCCGGAUAGGCUCUACCUCAGCUACGCCUGGCAGCCCGACGCUUGUGCCUUGCCCAGGUUUGAUGGAUUGGAGCUUUUGAAGAGAUGGAACGGGAAGAAGAUAAUGUUUGUGGGCGACUCACUGAGUUUGAACAUGUGGAACUCGCUGGCCUGCAUGAUUCAUGCGUCGGUGCCAAAUGCAAAGACAAGCUUUUCAAGACAGGAAACCCUCUCCUUUGUGUCCUUUAACGUUAAGGGGUAUGGAGUAACUUUGUACCUUUACCACACAACAUACUUGGUGGAUAUAGUAAGGGAAAACAUAGGAAGGGUAUUGAAAUUGGAUUCUAUACAACAAGGCCAGGCAUGGUUAGGAAUGGAUGUGUUGAUCUUCAACUCCUGGCAUUGGUGGACUCAUAAAGGAAGAUCUCAACCAUGGGAUUAUGUACAAGAUGGGUCAAAGGUGUACAAAGAUAUGGAUCGAUUGGUGGCAUUCUACAAGGGCUUAUCAACUUGGGCCAGAUGGGUGGACCUCAAUGUCAAUCCUUCUAAGACCCAAGUCUACUUCCAAGGAAUUUCUCCCACUCAUUACAUGGGGAACGAGUGGAAGUCGUCGUCAACCAAAAACUGCAACGGAGAGCAAUUGCCGCUAGAAGUAUCAAAAUAUCCGGCGGGGACACCGGAAGCGGCGGUGGUUGUUAAUAAAGUGCUAAGCAGGAUAAAGAAGCCGGUUCGUCUGCUGGAUAUCACAUUUCUGUCUCAGCUAAGAAAAGAUGCACACCCGUCUAUGUAUAGCGGCGGGGGCAGCCGAUCGGGCGUGGAUUGCAGCCAUUGGUGCCUGCCUGGACUCCCUGAUACCUGGAACCACCUGCUUUAUGCUUCUCUAUUUGUGUGAGGAUAUAUACACAUGAUGAUCAUCACCACAGACCGUACAUAUACAUAUCAUCAUAUCGUGCUUAUUUUUUAUUUCUUCCUCGUAUAUUACACGGUAGCAGCAGUGCGCCGUCAUUCUUUCUGUGUGAACAAAUAAACUGUUCAAAUCAUUGUUUCACUGUUGCAAAAAUUGAAGAAGUGAUUGAUCGAAUUAUGGCCAUCAUGAAAUCACAAAGCUGUAAUCUGGCAUUAAUGUGAUAAACCUCCAUAUUAGCAGAUAAUUAAAGGAGAAAUUAGUAUAAACCUCGAUCUUAUUUGCAGAUAAGAACACCAGAUCGAUGUUCCUCAGCUUCCUCUACUAGGGAUGUCAUUCCCUCCCUGCAUUCCACCUAUUUCCCCUAUCUUAAAAAGCAUAUUUUGCCCGAAUUUCAAAACUUUUAACAAUAAAUUGCUCAAAUAGAGGUCAUAUUGAAUUAUCAAACUUUUUGUGGAUACUUUCCCCUAGACAUGCUAUUCAAGAUUAGACAAAAAAGGAAUAGUAUGGGUUUAGGAUCAAGAUCGGAUCAAGAUCGAUCAGAUUGACAGCAGACCGGUCUUAGACGAAAGAUAUAUGUGGUCAUCAAAUAGCCUGAAGUGACAGAGAAACUAGCAAGUACUAAUAAUGAUAGCUACGUGCCCAGUAGAUCUAUCUCUUCUGGAAAUUGAAUGUCUUAAUGCAAUAAGCAUACAUGAAUGCAAAGCAAAGUGCAAACCCAAUCAAUAUUGCAAGAACAGACCACUUGAAUUUGGGAUCAUAGCCAAAAUGUUCCUCUAUGUAGGUUUUAACCAUUGGUCGUGUAGAUGUUCCAGCCACCCUAAUGGUAUCCUCAGCAUCUCCGUAUUCUCCAAUGAUUAGGCCGUAAAUGGUCCAUGCUGUAGGAGAUAUCCAGCUAUACCAUCUCCACCAAGUGGGUAUUUUCUGAAGAUAUCAUCCAUUCAAAGUAAGAAAUAUAGGAUCACCGUGUUGUUUAUGCAUGUUUGAAUAUCAUACAGAGUAUAUAAUAAUCAUUGAUGUUAAUAUAAAAAAGUCAACAUAAUAGAAAGUGUAGCACAACGUCUUAUAUAUCAGUUUGUACAUUUAUAUUUUACUGCUAUGACAUGACAUAACAUGCCCUGAGAUGGUUUUUGUUAGAGAAACCAAUCUAUAAAUGUAUUGCUCUUUAUGAACCAUAGUCAAAUCAAG